CCGACGAACUUGCGAACCGUAGGGCUGGUCAAAGAACUCGUCACCGGGCCCGAAUUCGAAUGUGUGACGUCGUGUCAGUGGUGACGAUCGGUCGAGUCGACUGCUGCCAGUUCUUCAUCCUCGUCUGCGACAGCGUGGAACAGGUUGUCCGGCUGUUCAAACAGCUGGUCGCGCGACUCCAGCACUCAAUGUUCGGUGCACAGGUGUCCUACCAGGCAACCGAGGGCUGUGCGGUGAAACCCUUGCCCGAUCUUUUACAAGGUAGAAUCUUGUUUUAAUUUUAUUGAUGUUUUGUCAGGGGGGGGGUCUUUUUAAACAGAUUAUUAAGUUUGAGAUGAAUUAUUAUUUUUUAUGAUCUCACUGGUUACCUAUACCACGAUCUGAUUACCUAUGUUUUGGCCCUGGUUACAUAUACCACGAUCCUGAUUACCUAUGUAUUGGCCCUGGUUACCUAUACCUCGGCCCUGAUUACCUAAGUAUUGGCCCUCAUUGCCUAUGUAUUGGCCCUGGUUACCUAUACCACGGCCCUGAUUACCUAUGUAUUGGCCCUGAUUACCUAUGUAUUGGCCCUGAUUACCUAUGUAUUGGCCCUGAUUACCUAUGUAUUGGCCCUGAUUACCUAUGUAUUGGCCAUGGUUACCUAUGUAUUGGCCCUGAUUACCUAUGUACUGGCCCUGAUUAAUUAUGUAUUGGCUCUGAUUACCUAUGUAUUGGCCCUGAUUACCUAUGUAAUGGCCCUGAUUACCUAUGUAUUGGCCUUGAUUACCUAUGUAUUGGCCCUGAUUACCUAUGUAUUGGCCCUGAUUACCUAUGUAUUGGUCCUGAUUACCUAUGUAUUGGCCAUGGUUACCUAUACCACGCCCCUGGUUACAUAUGCCAAUUAAAAUACCCACCCAUCGUGACUAUCAUUUAUUGACGGGAAAAAAUUGAAAGGAAAAAAAAAAUCAACAAAUGAAAUCAUUUUUUUUUAAAAAGAACAACACAAAACUCACAAACAAAAAAUGCAUGAAAAAAAAUCCUAGUGUUUUGAUUUUAGUCUGAAGUCCGGUUCAUUAAGUUAAGGGAAUGACGUCAAAUGGAUAAUGUGUUUUUAUAGCACGCUGGUCGCGUAGAGAUGACAAAUAACACGGCGAAAUAAAAAGUGACACGGAGAUGACAAUAAUGGCAAUGACGUCAUUGUGUAGCAUCGUGGGCUGCUCAAGGUUAUUGACACGCUAACAACACACAUGAGUAGUGCUUGACAAGAGAACAACACACAUGAGUAGUGCUUGACAAGAGAACAGCACACAUGUAUAGGGCUUGACACCAGCACAACACUCAUGUAUAGUGCUUGACACCAGCACAACACUCAUGUAUAGGGCUUGACACCAGCACAACACUCAUGUAUAGUGCAUGACACCAGCACAACACUCAUGUAUAGUGCUUGACACCAGCACAACACACAUGUAUAGUGCAUGACACCAGCACAACACACAUGAGUAGUGCUUGACUAUAGGUGUUCGCUUCCGAGUGAGUAUAUGUGAGUGUGUGUGUGUGUGUUUAUAAUGGGUGAGUGACAACAAUAAACACAUCUUUUCAAACGCUCGUCCUACUUCCUCCCUUUUUAAGUUGGCCGGCGCUCCAAGCGGAGCUGGGGUGAAGAUGGCAAUUUUUUUUUUUUUUUCCUGAGCGGUGUUCCGCCCAAAACAAUCUGCUUGAUAUCCCUGUUGAAAAGAACAGAAAAGAAAACACGUUUAUUAAGAGAAAGAGAGAGAGAGAGGGAGAGAGAGAGAAAGGGAGAGAGAGAGAGGGAGAGAGAGAGAGAGAGAGAGAGGGAGAGAGAGAGAGAGAGAGAGAGAGAGAGAGAGAGAGAGGGAAAAGGAGAGAGAGAGAGAGAGAGAGAGAGAGAGAGAGAGAGAGAGAGAGAGAGAGGGAAAUGGAUAGACAGAGAGGCGCGAGGAAUCGAUCAUUUGCAAAAAAUUGGUUCAAGUUAUGAAACGUGUUGUAACUAGGCGGCACACGAGCAGGCGGCACACGAGCAGGCGGCACACUAGAAGGUGGCACACGAAAAGGAAUCCUCCAGAACUGAUGACCAGAAUGAGGAAAGAAAAGAUCUCUCUAUUCUUACCACUUCUCAAUCUUACACCCCCCCCCACACACACACCAAUUAAAUGAAUCUUACAUCACCUGGUGUCGUGUCGCAAUAAGUUGAGGUCGCAGCCAAUCACUCUCUUUGUCCUUGAGUCCUGACGUCAGAUAGUACAGAACAAAUCCGACCAAAAAUAAAUAAUGAUUCUAAAAAUAGCCCGCUGAAAAUUGGCCUGGUACCACGUGAUGAUAAAUUUAGAAUCCUUUAGAGUUAUUAUCUAAUUUUGAAGGUGAUUAAUCCCUAAGAUUAUAAUUAUCCCCCCCCCCUCCCCCCCGAGUGUUCAUCUUUAGUCGGAUUAUUACAGAACCUGGUCAGCUAGUUCUCAUAAUUUUAGAUAGAAGUUGUUAGAGCAUGACAUGUUACCUCCUCACUUGUAAAGCGAUUGCAGAAAUUGAACAUGGUCGAUUUGUCUUUAUUCUGCCAGGCUCCCGUUAGCCACGCGCCACCGUACGCUAAACAGGGAGGCGUAGCGGUUGGGGGAGGGGAGAGGUGGAAGACAAGGAGUCACGUUCAGCCAAGCUUGUCCGUUAUCAGGGUGUGAGGUCACGUGUUGCAUGACGGACCGGGGGGGGGGAGGGAUACCAGGGGGAUUCCCCAGACCAGCAAACCCUCUUGUGUUGAUUUGCUACAGGUAAGACCAGGUGGCUGGCGUGGUGGGGAGGGGGGGGGAGGAACGCCUGGGUGGGGAUCGCUGGGCGGGGACCCCUGGGUGACAACAUCAAUCGAUGGAAAUAAAAGUCUGGUUGAGAUCAGCAUCGCCUCGACACAAAGUGAGACUACGAUAAGACAAUCAUAAGACUAAGACUAUCAUAAGACUAAGACUAUCAUAAGACUAAAACUAUCAUAAAACUAAGACUAUCAUAAGACUAAGACUAUCAUAAGACUAAGACUAUCAUAAGGCAUGAUAAGGCCAUUGUAAGACGAUCAUUAGUUAGGACUAUUAUAGGACUCUCAUAAGACUUUCAUACGACUUUCAUAAGAUCAUCAUGAGACAAUCAUAAGACUAUUUAUAACUAGAAAUUUUAGUGACAUUAAUUUAUUAUAGGCUAUGUAUCCUUGCCUAGUGGGUAGUUAGUGGCCUUGUCACUACAGCUAGUGACAUGGUCACUACAUUUAGUGGCUUGGUCACUAUAGUUAGUGGCCUUGUCACUACAGUUAGUGGCCUGGUCACUACAGUUAGUGGCCUGGUCACUACAGUUAGUGGCCUGGUCACUACAGUCAGUGGCUUGCUCACUACAGUUAGUGGCCUGGUCACUACAGUUAGUGGCUUGGUCACUACAGUUAGUGGCUUGGUCACUACAGUUAGUGGCCUGGUCAAUACAGUUAGUGACAUGGUCACUACAGUUAGUGGCCUGGUCACUACAGUUAGUGGCCUGGUCACUACAGUUAGUGGCUUGGUCACUACAGUUAGUGGCUUGGUCACUACAGUUAGUGGCCUGGUCACUACAGUUAUUGGCCUGGUCACUACAGUUAGUGGCUUGGUCACUACAGUUAGUGGCUUGGUCACUACAGUUAGUAGCUUGGUCACUACAGUUAGUUGUUAGUGGCCUGGUCACUGCAGUGAGUGGCUUGGUCACUACAGUUAGUGGCCUUGUCACUACAGUUAGUGGCUUGGUCACUACAGUUAGUGGCUUGGUCACUACAGUUAGUGGCUUGGUCACUACAGUUAGUGGCCUGGUCACUACAGUUAGUGGCCUGGUCACUACAGUUAGUGGCUUGGUCACUACAGUUAGUGGCCUGGUCACUACAGUUAGUGGCUUGGUCACUACAGUUAGUGGCCUGGUCACUACAGUUAGUGGCCUGGUCACUAUAGUUAGUGGCCUGGUCACUACAGUUAGUGGAUUGGUCACUAGAGUUAGCAGUUAGUGGCCUGGUCACUACAGUUAGUGGCCUGGUCACUACAGUUAGUGGCUUGGUCACUACAGUUAGUGGCAUGGUCACUACAGUUAGUGUCCUGGUCACUACAGUGGCGAUGUCUUGAGGACUAAAGCUUCAUUUGUUCUUAGUGUAUUGUAAAAGCAGAAGAAAAAGUACAAUAUCUGAAAGGAUGCAUGUCUCAAACGUCCAUACAUUCCUACUUCAAUCAUCCUAACAUUCUCAUUUCAAAGAUCCUAACAUUCCAAUACCAUAAAUUAUUUUUUUCUUUUUUAUAUCGGUGUUCUGGGGUCACUUUACUUACUUAAAAUGUUGACAGUGACCCAGCCAUUGGUCAAUCAGUCAUUUGUCACUCAGUCAUUGGUCACCCAGUCAUUGAUCACUCAGUCAUUGGUCACUCAGUCAUUUGUCACUCAGCCAUUGGUCAAUCAGUCAUUUGUCACUCAGUCAUUUGUCACCCAGUCAUUUGUCGCUCAGUCAUUGGUCACCCAGUCAUUGGCCACAUAGUCCUUGGUCACCUAACUGCCACAUAAAGUUUAAGUCUAUACCCAAAUGCGAAAUAAGAUUAAUCCCGCCAUCCAUUUGUCUACGCUCAAGUAUUUGUAAGCCAAUUAUUAUCUCAGGUUAGGGUUAGUUUGGCUUAAAACGUUCCAAGUGUAAAGCGGCUCUGGACUGACACUUACGUUCGCCUGGACAGAUACUUACAUUCGCCUGGACAGAUACUUACGUUCGCCUGGACAGAUACUUACGUUCGCCUGGACAGAUACUUACAUUCGUGCGUUGGGUAAAAUUUAAUGUAACAAUUUCAAAAGAAUUUUAUUAUAGAUAUAAAUAUACAACCACGUGGCUGAAAUAUUACAACCCCACGGUCAAAGUCGAAAAGCAACAACUUAGACUUCGAACAGGUCGUGUCUAUCUGUGGUCUCAUUUGAGGUUGUGGGGGGGGGGAAGGUCUGAGUGGGGGGAGGGGCUGAGUGGAAUGGGGGAGGUUUCAGUGGAGGGGCGAUGAAUGGAACACGUAAAUGACAUGGCAUGAAUUAAUAAGCAAAAUUGUUUUUCAAUUUUUUAAGUCAACACUUGCCAAUGUCAAGGACGGAUCAUUACAAAGCUUAUCUAUCUGGCUGGCGGCGUUUUGAAAAUGGUGAAAUCUUUGGUAUCAUGACUGGUUUUAAAAUCAUGCUACGCACUAGGUUCAGAUGGCCGUGGCCCCAGUUUGUAUCACAUCAAUCAUUUCUGUAUUAUCAGUAUUGUUGGCUUCACAGCAUUCCAUGGACAUCUUUACAUCCUCAAUAUUUAAUUGUGGGCUCUCCAACAUAGAAUACACUGAGAACCCUUGCAGACUUUCUGUCUUCUCUUUGUUCUUGUAAUAAUAAAAUCAUUGAAUGACUCGCUGCUCUCCCUUGGUUCCAGUGUUAUUUACUUUAAUAUACAUCAGGUGCCCCCCCCCCCCCCCAAAAGAGNAUGCCCUUGAAAUUCCCUACACAUGACCGGAAAAUAUUCUAGAUUCCAACAAAGUCUAAUGUUGACCUCUUCAUUUAGACUUUUCUUAAUCUGGCAUCAACAGUGUCCUUUAAUUAGAUCACAGGUUAUCACAUUGUAGACGAGUUAUCCAACACGGAAUAAGAUAAAUCACAUUAUCGUAAGCCCAUUUAUGACGUCAUCAAAAGGUGAGUUAUAGCCCUUGAUACAAGAGUUAAGGCCCCUGAUAACCCUUUUGAUGACGUCAUAAAUGGGCUUACGAUAAUGUGAUUUAUCUUAUUCCGUGUUGGAUAACUCGUCUACAAUGUGAUAACCUGUGAUCUAAUUAAAGGACACUGUUGAUGCCAGAUUAAGAAAAGUCUAAAUGAAGAGGUCAACAUUAGACUUUGUUGGAAUCUAGAAUAUUUUCCGGUCAUGUGUAGGGAAUUUCAAGGGCAUUACGCUAAACAAAGAAAUAUAAUGUAGUUACAAAACUUAAAUGGCCUUCCAAGCGACACUGCCUGGUGGGUAGAGCCAACAAUGUUACAUUUGGUUAAAAAUAGUGGUGAAUUAGUGAAACAAUGAAUUGUAAAAGUGUAACAUUGUCACCGUCUCUUAGAGAACAAGUCAGAUCUUCCUAUACAAUGUAAAUCUAAAGAAUCUUUUAAAGUAUUGUAAACUGACCUUAAAAUAUCGAAUCAUGAAAUCAAUUUCCUGGAGAGACGUGUGUGUGUGUGUGUGUGUGUGGGGGGGGGGGGGGGGGGGGGGGUAAUGACAUCAUUUUUUUCUCCUUAAGAAACAUCACGACGUUGUGUCCGGGAAAAUCCGUUUUUUUUACGCCUUAGACGUAACGGGAAAUCCCCAUGCCGCCAAGAGAAAGUGUGUUCACUGGCACUGUUCUAGGCCAGUAACUGAUCGUCACGUGGCACCUGUUAUUAUUGUCUGAGGACAGUGAUUCUCGAAAUAGUGCGUGAGGUUAUACCCAAAACUGAGUUGAAGUCGUUCCCCGUGUGCACCAACUCCUGAGACAAGGAUUAUACAUCUUGACGGUAACAUCAUGACUUCCUGGUGACUAACUAACGUCCCAGGGUAUGAAGUGUACCCAGUUACGCGGUCGCCGUAGUUAGAAAUCAGGCAAUGGCCCGCCGCGCAUGUACGAUCUAAUAAAAGAAGAAAAAACAAUGUUUGUCUUAGGCGAUGGCUAUUAAUACGAUUUUCGUUUGCAUGUUUGUUUGUUUGAGUGUUUGUCAAUCAUCACUACUGCGUGCUUAAGCUUAGAAUUGUAAAUGUAUCCCCUCCUCUCUCCAAACACACUUCACCCCCCUCCACACCCGCCCAGGCGAUUAGCGAUGGCCUGGGCGGGUGUGGAGGGGGGUGAAGUGUGUUUGGAGAGAGGAGGGGAUACUGUUUGUCAAUCAUCACUACUGCGUGCUUAAGCUUAGAAUUGUAAAUGUAUCCCCUCCUCUCUCCCAACACACUUCCCCCCCCUCCACACCCGCCCAGGCGAUUAGCGAUGGCCUAGUUCCUAACAACCCCCCCCCCCCAAUGGGACAUUUUCACUUGUUCCCCCCCCCCCUGUCACCAUGUUCUCAUCUAUCGCCCCCCGCCCCGCCCUCCUCUUACGCUGUAGUGACACAAUAGAUAUUAAUACUGUCCUCCUUAAAACACAUUACAUCAGUGAAGACUCGACCCCUCUCCCCCCACCUCCUCCAAAAAAAACCCCCAAAACAAACAACAACAUUUGCCCUACUAUCUCCAAUCGCCUUAAAACUAUCUUCUUAUCAAUCUGCGUAUCACUCUGGAUAUCUAAUCAAUGAUAAUAUCAUUGAUAGUUGACACCUUUAUUUGCCGAGCGUUACACCGUCGGAUUCACUCAAGCAGAACCAGGGCGCUCAGUUUCUCGCCGUCCAUGAAGCGUGUCCUAAAGUCUCAACCAGUCUCAAGGGUUGGCCGUACCACACGACCACAUCACGGGUUGCCCUCAAGGAAAAGCAACUCGUGCUAACGCGAUUCUGGCAAUGGGUGAAUGCCCUUUGAACCCAACACAUAUUAAUCUCAUAUUAUUUUAUGACAGAAAGAAAAGAUACACUUAAACAUUUGCAUUUAUCCUUCUUAUUUCUGUUAAAGUUUCUAACUAGAAUCCAAAUGGUGUUUUCUGCCCCCCACCCCCCACCCCACACACGUCUACAAUCCAGGCCUACUUUGUACUGGAUCUGGCCAUCUACUGAUUAUUACCGUCCAAGGGUAUUUCCCUUCGGCCUACCUAUCACACAAAGGAAAAAAAAAUAGAUAAAAAUAGAUGAAAAUAAAAAUGAUACAUUAAAAGUGUUCAAAGAAACGUUUUCUAAAUAUAGGAAUUUUCCAUUUCAUCAAAUAAAUUGAUAACUUGCCUAGUUUUUACAAAAAAUUGUCCAUCUUGCAAUGCAGUUUUGGCGCCUCCCAAAUAAUUAUUGUAUACAACAAUUUAUAGCCAUUGUCCCAAUAAUUAUUGUAUGCAACAAUUCAACAAGCCAUUGAAUUAAUGUGAUAGUGUAAUUAACUAAAAUAUUUCCAUGAACUAAAAAUUUCCCUCAUUUCCAUUUGGUUUGGUUUUUAAUCUCCAUUGUCGAAGGUCUCCAGAUGUUACCUGAAAAUAAUCCUUUAAACAAAAAUUACGUCACAUCUUUAUAUAAUUUUUUUUUAGUUGAACAAAUGGUAAACAAAGAUGGCCCGCAUUGAGUGUAUUACUCGCGGGGACAAGUUCUACGGCAUUGUUUGUAUAUACAUAUUACGGGAAAUGGCAAAUAAUUUAAAAAAAAAUUAUAAUAAGUAAUUUUCUUAGUUUUACGUAAUGCUAACCUUAUGCAGAAGUGAUAUCAGCAGUAAUAACACAGUCAUGGCUUCCCCAAACACGCACUUAAGUAGGCCAGAGAUUCGAGGCUAUAAAUACUGGUGUGUCACACACCACGGUCACAACACGAAGGAACUCUCCAACAGAAAGGCUGUCACAAUUGAUUAGGUUCUUAGUGAUCUGUGGUUUAUGCUUGUACAUUUAUCAUCGGAUUAUUCAUUCAAAAUUCUUGUAAUGGAUUUGGAUAAUUAAUUUGAACUCUAUGUGAGUUAUGUUUUCUUUUUCUGUUUAGUCAGUUUACAAUUUAAUUUAAAUUUAAAUGCAAAUAACUGUUUUUCAAUUUAAUUUUAAUGCAUGACAUCUGAUGUCAGUUCAAUUUUGAACAUACACGUUAUUUUUAUAUAUAUAUAUAUGUAUAUAUAUUAAUUUGCAUGAACUGCUUAUUAAAUAUCAUUCUUUACCUUCACGUUCAUGUGACAUAGCUUUUCAGUGUUCGUAUUGUACUUGAUGGUAAAAAAUAGUUAUAUUUUAUAUGUGGUACCUGAUGGUAAAAUAGGACUAGGGUAAUGUAUAUGUGGUACCUGAUUGUAAAACAUACAUCUAGUUAAUGUGGUACCUGAUGGUAAAAUAGGACUAGGGUAAUGUAUAUGUGGUACCUGAUUGUAAAAAAUACAUCUAGUUAAUGUGGUACCUGAUGGUAAAAUAGGACUAGGGUAAUGUAUAUGUGGUACCUGAUUGUAAAACAUACAUCUAGUUAAUGUGGUACCUGAUGGUAAAAUAGGACUAGUGUAAUGUAUAUGUGGUACCUGAUUGUAAAAAAUACAUCUAGUUAAUGUGGUACCUGAUGGUAAAAUAGGACUAGGGUAAUGUAUAUGUGGUACCUGAUUGUAAAAAAUACAUCUAGUUAAUGUGGUACCUGAUGGUAAAAUAGGACUAGGGUAAUGUAUAUGUGGUACCUGAUUUGAAAAUAGGUCUAGUUUAUCUGUGGUAACUGAUUGUAAAAAUAGGUCUAGUGUGUAUGUGGUACCUGACUGUAAUAAAUAAUUAAUUGCAUAUAAAAUAAAAAUGGUUUUGUUAACAAAAAUAUGUGUGUGGAGUAAAUGAAACAUAUUAGAAAACUAAUGAAGUUCUGGAUAUGUUAACUAAACGUAAGCUAAACAUAUGUGCUAGUUAAGCCACUUAAUAUAAGUCAAACAUAUGCGCUCGUUAAAUUACAUAACAUAAAUCAUAAAGUUGUACUAGUUAAACCACUAAAUUGACCACUGAAAAUAAACCAUUUAAACCAGGAAGAGUACCUAGAGAUCUAUAUCUAUAUCUAGAUCUAUAUCUUUAUCUUUUCAGAUCUACCUAGGCACAGGGCCAAACCCGUACCAUCAGAGCCAGACCUACUAACGUCACCAGGGGUCACCAGAAGACGCCCGGUCAACGGUAGGCGUGGCCAUCCAUCCCAGCACCCAAUCCACUUCCGCCACCACCGAGGCAGCAGCUACCCGGGAUCAAUCAACAGCCACUUACACUGGUGUCAGUUGUCACGCCAUUUUAUAAAACACUUCGGCUCCAGGCUGUGGAGCAUGUGUGGUCAGCUGGACCCCCUGCUGGCGCCACUAGUAACGUCUGCCGGAUUGGAACUUCGACCCCAUGCGUUAAGUCCGGCUGAACAUAUAGAAGACCGUAUGGGUUACGUGACGCGGAGAUGCGACGCUGCCAGAGAAAGGCCAGGUGGCGUCAGUGCUGACUCCGAGAACCCGGCGACAGUUGCAGUGGACAGUACGACGGUGACGAGCAUAGUGCACGAGCUCAGGAAAAUAGGAGACGAUCUGGAUAUGCGCAUGAGCAGUGAGAAGGAGGUAAGUUAAUGCGAGGUCUAGUUCAUUUAUAGUUCAUUUAUAGCUCAUUUAUAGUUCAUUUAUAGUUCAUUUAUAGUUCAUUUAUAGUUCAUUUAGAGUUCAUUUAGAGUUCAUUUAGAGUUCAUUUAGAGUUCAUUAAACGUUAGAAUUAUGUAAGCAGGCAAUUACUGAUUGCAAACUAAUUAAUCUUAUUGGUCAUUUGUGUUAGGGUCUUAACAGGGGGUCAUCAGAGAUGGGGGUUGUCAGUGCGACAUGGAUGAGGGUUGCAGGGAUGGGGGUCGGAAGGGAUGGGGGUCGGAAGGGAUUGGGGUCGGCAGGGAUGGGGGUUGGCAGGGAUAGGGGUCGGAAGGGAUGGGGGUUGGCAGGGAUUGGGGGGUGGGGGGGGUGGGGGGGGGGGGGGGGGGGGGGGGGGGGGGGGGGGGGGGGGGGGGGGGGGGGGGGGGGGGGGAGGGGGGGGGGGGGGGAUGGGGGUCGGAAGGGAUGGGGGUUGGCAGGGAUAGGGGUCUACUGGGAUGCACUAGAUUCAAUUAAGCAGACUAAAUUCACACACAUUUCCUGACCUCCAAUGAAGACAAAACAUGCAAUCUAAAAAUAAUUUAAUGUCUGUACAAACUACUGAUCUAUUUAAUUAUUCUCAUUCACAGCCCCAAGCUCAAAUGGCUUUUUGGAAUUUUAAAAGACAAUUUGGCUACGAUCUUGCCAUGACCUUGACUUUCCAGCACGUUGUACGAUUGGUGGGCGCCGCCGCUGAGCUGUGCUACUUGCUGAGCCGUCUGUGAGAAUGCCCCAAAUGACCAGGUGGCCCAAAAUGACCUGGUGGCCCAGAAUGACCUGGCGGCCCAAAGUGACCGGGUAACCAAAAAUGACCAGGAAAUCCAAAUGACCAGGCGGCCCACGAUUGGCGACUCUAAGAAAGGGGGCUUCUGAACUCAGCACGGAUAAAUGCACAGAGACGUUGUUUGUUUGUUUUUUCCAAACAUCAUGUGACAUUUCAGGACACGUGACAUUUGAGAGCACGGGACAUUUCAGGACACGUGACAUUUCAGAACACGUGACUGAACACAAAGCUUACCCAACAUUGAACGUGUGCCACGCCAGGACUAAUUUCACGUGGGGGCGAACAUUCUAGCAAGUUUUCAAGACAGGUGUUCUAGACAUAUCAGUGAACAAAUACCAUGACGCUCAUUCCUUUUGUACAAGCAUACGAGGAGGAGGAGGAGGAGGUCGGGACUUGAGGGGGGUGGGGUAUGCUAUUGUUGCAUCUCAUUUAUUUGCGCAGUUCUCAGCUGCAGACGUCAGCCAACUAUUGUUGCACAUUUUGUUUAACUAUACGACGGGAGUCUUUCUGUGACAUAUCACGUGAUGUGAUUUCUUUCUAGCUUGCCACGCGCACUCUAUGCUUAGACUUUAUCAACCAUUGAUGGUCUUUAUAUAUUUUCAUCAUCCCUUUUCACUUCAAGCAAUGGAGCUAAUCUUUAACUUCAAUUAUGGAGCUUAUCCUUAACUUCAAUUAUGGAGGUUAGCUUAAAAAGCAAUCUGUGGAGCUUAUCUCUAAACUCCAAUCACACAUUUGUGCACUUGUUAAAGAUGUCUGUCUUGGUUUGAAAUCGUGUUUCUUUCAGCACUAGCUCUGGGGUAGCCAAUGUGCUACUUUAACGAUUAGACAUGACAUAAUGGCUACCAUAGAUCACAUGGCCUGAUGGCUACCAAAAGUCACACGAUCUUGUUGCUAUCAAGGUCACAUUCACUUAAAUUGCUCCGAAUCAAAUACCUUUCAACCCAUCUUCAUCCCAAUUACUAGCCUCACCACAUCAAACAACGCAACCACACACAUAUCAUCCAACCACAUAUCAUCCAACCACAUAUAAUCCAAUCACAUAUCACCCCACCACAGAUAAUAUAUCAUCCAACCACAUAUCAUCCAAUCACUUAUCACCCAACCACAUAUCAUUAAAUCACAUAUCAUCCAACCACAUAUAAUCCAGUCACAUAUCACCCCACCACAGAUAAUAUAUAAUCCAAUCACAUAUCAUCCACUCACAUAUCAUCCACUCACUUAUCAUCCAAUCACAUAUCAUCCAAUCACUUAUCAUUGAAUCACAUAUAAUCCAAUCACUUAUCAUUGAAUCACAUAUCAUUCAAUUACAUAUCAUCCAAUCAAAUAUACAAUCACAUAUCUUCCAAUAACAUAUUAUACAACUAAAUAUAAUCCAGUCAGAUAUCAGCCGGUCACAUAUCAUCCAAUCACAUAUCAUCCAAUAACAUAUUAUCCAAUUACAUAUCAUCCAAUCAUAUAUCAUUCAAUCACAUAUCAUCUAAUCACAUAUCAUUCAAUCGCAUAUCAUACUAUAACAUAUAAUCCAGUCACAUACCGUAUCAUUUAAUCACAUAUAAUCCAAACACAUAGCAUUUAAUCAUAUAAAGCCAUUCUUAAUAUUUUUUUGUGCAUAUGUUAAUUUGUAAAUAUUCUAAAGUCACAUACAUAAAAAUCUGACGAAGAAGACCUGAAUGUAGGUGUCAGGGCAACACAACUUUUAAACUAUGUAUCUCGAAUUGAGAACCUCUGAACUGUGAAAACUUAAUCAGUGAUUCUCGGUGGUGCUGGUUGAACUCUGCAUGUUAAAAUUAAAAAAAAAUCGGUGGUUGGGAGGGGAACUAACAUUCCGAUAAAACGAACUUUUGAUUAACCGAUAUGCUCCAAUGGAAUUCAUUGUGUCAAUUAUGCAAGCCCAAAAUUUUGUCAUGUCGAUCGAAAUGAAUUGAAGUUUUAUUUUUUGAAAGUCCAAAGUCUAAAAGGUUACUGGUAUUCAAGCAUUUGAGGCGCACUUGCUGUUCAACAUUGUACAUUUCAACUGAAAACCAUGCACAUCUGUGUAACACUGAUCGGGGUGACCUCAGUAACCAUGGAUACAACUAUAUUAAGCCUCAUUUUCGGAGGUCAAUUAUUAUUUCAAUACUUAGACAGGCGUGUCAAUGUCAAAUAACUUAUUUGUUUUUUUUUUAUUUUCUUCUUUCGCCCCACACAUUUCAUGCAAAUAACUUUACGGAUUUAGUCUCAAAGUAUGUAUUAUCAAUUUUUUGCACUUUCAAAGUAUGUAUUAUCAAUUUUUUGCACUUUCAAAGUAUGUAUUAUCAAUUUUUGUGCUUUCAAAAUAUGUAUUAUUAAUUUUUGUGUACUUUCAUAGCAGGUAUUACAAGUUUUGUGUACUUUCAAAGUAUGUAUUAUCAAUUUGUAUGUACGUUCUUUGGGCAACAGUUUUCCAUGAAAGAGCUGCUCUAAAAGAAAAUAGCCACACGAUACCAAGUAAUCGAUUACUGAUUUUAUCGAACGUAACAAACCCAACUUUAAGGGUUCGAGACUACUGACAUCAAAUAGAUACAGAUAUUGAGACUACUGACAUCAAAUAGAUACAUAUAUUGAGACUACUGACAUCAAAUAGAUACAUAUAUUGAGACUGCUGACAUUAAAUAGAUACAUAUAUUGAGACUACUGACAUCAAAUAGAUACAUAUAUUGAGACUGCUGACAUCAAAUAGAUACAUAUAUUGAGACU